GGCAUUGGUGUUGAUAAAUUUAAUUUUGAGAGAAAUAACAAGAUAAGAAUUAGGUUAUGCUAUUUUAUCAGUCAAUUAAAUUUAGAAUUUCACUUGAGUUCAGAAUUGAUUAAUUUUAGUUUAGUUUUGUUUAUUGAUGGUCAGUGAAUAUCGUAUUAUUCCAUGCGUUGUAAAAUCCGACAUCAAUCCGAAAAUAUCAAAGGUUGGCUGGCUCUGCAAAGUGUAGAUUGAAUAUCUGGUUAUGUUUGGUUAUUAUGAUGUAUUUUGAAUAUUAAGCAGCAAAAUUUGUUUUAAUUUGAGUUUCUCUAGGUAAGCUAUUGGUUUGUAAGAUGUCACUAAGACUAGAUUUUGUAGACAAAUGGACAGUUGACCAGUAUCGUGAUGCUUUAGAUACUGAUGAACAGUGGGAUCUAAAGAGGAGUUUUAUGCUAGCUCAUUGUGAAUCUUUUCCGGUGGAAAGACUUUUGUAUUUUACGGAGAUUUUCUGCAAUAUUACAUUUAAAAUGUGCCCCUAUCCAGUUUCAAUAAUGACUCGAAUAGAAGAAAUGUCAAAAGAUGUUUUUACCAGCAAACAUGCUGUACUGCAGAAUAGGUUUUAUAAGACAUUAGUUGAAGUAUUGAGGUCCGAACCACAAAGUCAUAUCAAAAGAGCAACCGGUUAUAAUGAAACCAGACAACAAAGUGAAAAGACUCAUGAUAACUGUACGUCAUCGUUUACUAACAGAAAUCAAGAUUUCUUAUAUGAUCAAGAAAGUGACUCCCGGAAUAUUGCUGAAUUGAACAUUCAAAGCAGUAAAACCUCUUCUAUCAAGAGAGGUGGUGUUCUUCAAAACUCUUCACCAAUUAGGGAGGAUCGUGGAUGUAGUAUUUUGGAUAGAGCUUUUCAUACCAUCUAUGGUGAUUAUACAUUUCAUGAAGAUGAGAGUGAAUGUGUUGAUGAUUUUUCCAUGACACCAAAUUUUCAAAGCAUCUCAUCAAAAUCACUUAUUUCGCUUCAUAUUAGUAAGAAUCAUGAAGAGAAAAUUUUAGAAUAUCAUAGUGAAAUGUUUAGGGAAGCAGUGGUUAAAGAUAACAGUUCUAUAGGAAAGAGAGAUAAUGAUUUGCCUCUAGAGAAUCAUUGCCAGUUGCAAAAUCCACUUGUCACUGAUAACAUGAUUGAAAGAAUAAAAAGUAUUCCAGAGGAACAUUGCCAAUCAAAGAAUCCACUGACCACUUCGAAAACAUCUGUACUCCCAGCUUAUGAUAUCAGGAAAUCUACAAGUCUAAACAAUACAAAUCUUGAGAGCAUAAACAUUAGGCUGGAAGAAGAUAAUGGGAUAAAUCCAGACCAUUUUGAUUGUGAGAGCCGAGUUGACACUGGAAUUAGUGAUGAUGAAGCUGAUGAACCACUGGUAACAAAACUUAUUUCAUAUCCUAUCUUAUCAAGUCUAAGCUUUGAUUUGUCAUCCAAAAUCAGAUCAAUGAAGAGAGAUAGAAAUUCUCGUUCUGACCAGAAAGUUCAUGAAUCCAGAAAAAAUAAUCACAAAGAGGAAAGAUCAGAUCGGGCAUGCAAGAAAGACGGUAGGUCUGAUUCUAGAGAACUAGGCAGAUAUUCUCCAGAACGUGGACAUCAUAGUAGAAAAUACAAAUCUCCAGAACGUAGACAACAUACUAGAAAAUACAAAUCCCCAGAACGUGGACUUCAUAGUAGAAAAGACAAAUCUCUAGAACGUUAUUCUGAUAGAAACAAAUUUAGAAAGCUGGAUAAUGAUGACAGAUCUAUGAAAAGAAGGCGGGAUGAUUCAACUCAUCGUAGGUCUCCAGUAUCCAGGCAUAAUAAGCUUAGUAGAAAUUCCAACAUAUCCUAUGAUGAUGAACGUAGAAGAAGGAAGGAUAGAGAUUCUCCAACAAGUGGUGAAUAUGACGAGCAAAGGUCUUUGAAUGAUAGACGUCUAGAACCCAGAUCACUUUUCAGGAGGCACUCAAAUUCAGACUCUGACAAUGAUGGGAGAGAUUGCAGGUCGAGGAGAAGAUUGGAAAAAGAUUCAGAAUUUCACAGGGAUAGAGACAGAAGAUUGAAGGAAAUUACUGAUACCGACAGACUUUCCUAUGAACAGCGAAGUGGAUCAGUUGGAAUGGAUUAUCAACCUCAAGCAAAUUUUCAUCAACCUCAACCUGAUUAUCAUCAACCACAACCAAACAGCUAUCAGCCUCCAGUGAACUUCCAUCAACCUCUAGGCAACUUUCAUCAACCUGAAACUAUGUAUCCUCAGCCUCAAUCCAUGUAUCCUCAAUCUCAAUCUAUGUAUCCUCAACCUCAACCCAUGUAUCCUCAACCUCAACCCAUGUAUCCUCAACCUCAAUCUAUGUAUCCCCAACCUCAACCCAUGUAUCCUCAACCUAUGUAUCCUCAAUCUCAAGCCAAUUUCCAUCAACCACAAUCGAAUUUGUACCAGCCUCAACCAAAUUUUCAUAACAGCCAUCUCAGUGGAGGAAUGCCAAACUGGGGUCAAACAAUGCCAUCACAGGCAACAUUGAUGGGGAAGGGACAGAAUAGCAAGCUCCCUCCAGGUAAAUCUGCAAUUACUUCAAGCCAUGCCAAGGCUGUUCCUAUAAAAGUGCAAAACGCAGAUGUCAACAUAUUGAAACAGGUUUCAACAACUCAGAACCCAGGUUUGAAUGAGGUGGCAAAACUGAACGAAAUUAAGACUAUUGCUGCAUUAAACACAAUACUUACUUGUGGUGGUAUUCCACUGAAUUUCAACCCUUCCAUAUUACCCAAUGUAUCUUUGAAUUUGCCAUUUCAAAAUCGAACAAAGAUACCCAGUAAACCAGUGUGUUAUAAGCACACACCCACAGUGACUCAAACUUCUAAAAAGAACAAGGUAAAACCUCCCACGUCUCAAAAUCAAAAGACUAGUGGAAAUGUAUCUUCAAGUGCAGCAACAAGUAAACCCGUAGUGUCUCCAGCUCCCAGUAGAAACAUGAAAAACCCUUCCCCAUCUCAAAAUAAAAAUAAAACUACGAUUAAAACAGUUUCUCCUAAUACGCCUACACUGUCCAUAUCUUCUAAUAAAAGAAAGCUGACUGAUGAUUUUGGGGAGAUCUCUAACUGGUUGAUAACGGUAGAUGAUGAUGAGGGUGAUUAUGGUAUUAGCAGUGAGAAAAAGCUCAAACUAGACAAGCAAGACUCAGACAAAUGGAAAAUUGGACUUUCCAAAGAAUCAGUCAAGUUCUAUGUUGAAGCAAAUAUGCGGCCAUAUCUGAAGAGUGUUCUUGAGAUAACAUUGCAGGACGUUCGACAGCGUGCAGGACCCCUGGGAUCAGUUGCCAUCAUAUGCUUAAAGAACGAGCAAGCCAAGAAGACUUUGCUUAGACUCAACCACCUACUCGAAAACUUUAAACUCAAGAUAGUGCACGAGACUCACGCGUGCGGGGAAAACACCACAUGGACCUGCCGCAUUGAUGCUUGCUGCACCAACUCCAAUAAAGUGUCUCAGAUCUGUGUGGCCGAGGCACCUAACAAACAUGAGGCAGAGAAAGCUGUGUGCGAUCGUGUGCUGUGGUAUCUGCAGCACAUCUACUUCACAUUCUUCUUCGUCAAAUUGGAGCCGAAUAGGCCUAAUGAAGUCAAGACUUGCGACAUUGUGCUGAGACGUCUCUGUGAGUAUGGGUUUACACAGAAAUUGCCACCAAACUUCCUAGAUGAUACCAACUAUUGUACGGAGGUCCCCUUCACCACUGCCGAUGACAAAAAAACCUAUUUUACAGCUUUAAAAGACUUUGCCAAAUCGGUUACGAUGAGCUCCGAAGGUUACAAGUUCAUCCAUUUCUCACCAAAAAUUUCCAUAGGAACUAAUGAAAGUCUGAUGAAUGUGGCCAACAGUCUAAGUUUAUUCUCGCGUUGGAAAGGUGACAAGGACAGUGGACUACUUGUGUUUAGGUUGACUAGGAAAAUGUACUGGGACUUUGUCAAAGUGAUGUUUGAUAGGCCUUUUGUUUAUCAAAAAAUGCCCAGUAAUUUUGUAUUCAAUUUUCACAUUAUGAGACCUCAUCAAACCAGCGCUAAGUAUGGUCCAAUCAAUCUUAUGACACAGAAUACUGAUGAUGAAACUAAGAAAAAUGAUAAAGAAACCAUUGAAGAAACUAAGAAAACGAAUGAAGAAACUCAGAAAACUAUUGAAGAAACUAAGAAAACGAAUGAAGAAACUGAGAAAACUAUUGAAGAAACUAAGAAAACUAAUAAAGAAACUGAGAAAACGAAUUUUGAAACUAAGACUGUUGAUGUUCGAACAUGUGAACCCGUGGUGGCUCCAGCAGCCAAUACAAACAUGAAAAAACCUUCCCUAUCUCAAAAUAAAACUACAAUUGAAACAGUUUCUCCCAAGACGCCUACACUGUCCAUAUCUUCUAAUAAAAGAAAGCUGGCUGAUGCAUUUGGGGAAACUUCUAACUGGGUGAUUACUGUGGAUGAUGAUGAGGGUGAUUAUGGUAUUAGUAGUGAGAAAAAGCCCAAACUUGACAAGCAGGACUCAGACAAAUGGAAAAUUGGACUUUCCAAAGAAUCAGUCAAGUUCUAUGUUGAAGUGAAUAUGCGGCCAUAUCUGAAGAGUGUUCAUGAGAUAACAUUGCAGGACGUUCUACAGCGCGCAGGACCUCUGGGAUCGAUUGCCAUAAUGUGCUUAAAGGACGAGCAAGCCAAGAAGACUUUGCUUAGACUCAACUAUCUUCUCCAAAACUUGAAACUCAAGAUAAUGUACGAGUCUCACAAAUGCAGGGGAAACACCCAAUGGACCUGCCGCAUUGAUGCUUGCUGCACCAACUCCAAUAAAGUGACUCAGAUCUGUGUGGCCGAGGCACCUACCAAACAUGAGGCAGAGACAGCUGUGUGCACUCGUGUGCUAUGGUAUCUGCAGCACAUCUACUUCUCGUUCUUCUUCGUCAAAUUGGAGCCAAAUAUAACUCAUGAUAGCAAGACUGGCGACUUUGUGCUGAGACGUUUCUGUGAGUAUGGAUUCAGACAGAAAUUGCCGCCCAACUUCCUAGAUAAUCCCAACUAUUGUAAGGAGGUCCCCUUCACCACUGCCGGUGACAAAUACUCCUAUUUUGCUGCUUUAAAAGACUUUGCCAAAUCGGUUACAAUGAGCUCCGAAGGUUACAAGUUUAUCCAUUUCUCGCCAAAGCUUUCUGAAGCAACUAAUGAACGUCUGAAGAGUCUGGCCGCAUGUCUAAGUUUAUUUUCGCGUUGGAAAAGUGACAAGGACAGUGGAAUUGUUAUGUUUAGGUUGACUAGGAAAAUGUACUGGGACUUUGUGAAAGUGAUGCUCGAUAGGCCUCCUGCUCAUCAUCAUAAAAUACACGGCAAUUUUGUAUUCGAAUUUCAUGUUAUGAAACCUCAUCAGACCAUUGCUAAGUAUCGUCCAAUCAAUCUUAUAACACGGAAAACUAAUGAUGAAACCAAGAAAAAUAAUAAGGAAACAAAGAAAACGAAUGAUGAAACCAAGAAAACGAAUGAUGAAACUAACAAAAAAAAUGAAGAAAGUAAUGAUGAAAGUGUGAAAAAUAAUGAAGAAACCAAGAAACCUAUUGAAAAAACUAAGAAAACGAAUGAUGAAACUUACAAAAAUAAUGAAGGAAGUAAUGAUGAAAGUGUGAAAAAUAAUGAAGAAACCAAGAAACCUAUUGAAAAGACUAAGAAAACGAAUGAUGAAACCAAGAAAACGAAUGAUGAAACUAAGAAAACGAAUGAUGAAACUAAGAAAACGAAUGAAACUAAGAAAAUGAAUGAUGAAACUAAGAAAAUGAAUGAUGAAACUCAGAAAAUGAAUGAUGAAACUAAGAAAAAGAAUGAUGAAACUCAGAAAAUGGAUGAUGAAACUAAGAAAACGAAUGAUGAAACUAAGGAAACGAAUGAUGAAACAAGGAAAAAUAAUUUAGAAACUAAUGAUGAAAUUGAGAAAAAUGAUGAAGAAACCAAGAAACCUAUUGAAGAGACCAAGAAACCUAUUGAAGAGACCAAGAAACCUAUUGAAGAAACUAAGAAAAAUAAUGAACCAACUAAUGAUGAAAUUGGGAAAAAUAAUGAAGAAACCAAGAAACCUAUUGAAGAAACUAAGAAAACGAAUGAUGAAACCAAGAAAAAUAAUGAAGAAACCAUUGAUGAAAUUGAGGAAAAUAAUGAAGAGAACAAGAAACUUAUUGAAGAAACUAAGAAAACGAAUGAUGAAACUAAGAAAAAUUAUGAAUCUGAGAAAAAUAAUGAAGAAACCAAGAAACCUUUUGAAGAGAGUAAAAAAACAAAUGAUAAAACUAAGAAAAAAAUUAUGAAACUGAGAAAACGAAUGAAGAAACUAAGAAAACGGAUGAUGAAACCGAAACUAACAGUUGAGAACGGAAUUCCUGUCAAAUAAUUUACUCAUCAAUUAGUUAAUCACAAGAAUGGACUGGUUUUUCAUUCAAGUUUUCUCUGCUUUGAAGUUCUGUGAAAUGGCAUUGAUCGGCCCACACUUUGAGACAAAGUUAUUUAAUAUGCAAUGAUGUCAAACUAGUCACUUCAGUAAGGUACUCUAGUUAAUAUGGAACUCACGUUGAUAUCCAACAAACAAUUUUAUUAUUCUAAUCUAUAACUUUAUUGAUGUUAGUUUAAACACAAUCUUAUUGUCAUAUUCUAAAGAUGUAAAUCUAGAGACACUAGUGACUAGAAUUGGAAACUCUAAUGUAGAACACUCCAAUUUAAAGCUUUAUUUGUUUUGGAAAUUAAUCAGAUUUAGAUUUUUAAAUCUGAUAGUUUAAAUUUUUAAACUGAGAGCAUUAUGCCAUAGAAUAAAAACUUUAUUUUCAAAUUGAUUACACCAACUCAAACAGAAUUUAUUACUUUUCACUUUGUUGUUUCACCUAGUGAUUAUUUUGUUUCAUUUUACUGCUAUUUAUAUUAGUUUUAUUCUUCUCAAUCAACAUUUUCGAAAUAAUCUCUCAGAUUUAAACUAAUUUAAUGUAAAAACAAACUAUAUAACACAGUUUUGAGAAUUUAAAAUAGUAGGUUUUGAUUCUUUGUAUAAAACAAAACCAACUAUAUUUAUAAGAACAAAAAAUACAAAAAUGAAAUUUUGAUUGUUGAAAAUUGGAGGAUCAUAAAAAGUAAAAUUUUAGAGAGAAUAAGAAGAAUAUACAAAAAUUACUCAUUUAAUGUAAUUUUGAGAUAGAUAUUUGAUAACAAACUCAUAAUUCAUGAACUCAAAAAAAUAAAACAGUUGGUUUAACAGUUCACAAAAUAGCUCUGCACAUUAUUAUAAUUAUAUUAUUAUUUCAAAUUAGGAAUAGCAGGGCAAUUAUCACAGCAGAAUUAACUUUAUCGUAAUGCUCCUCCAGAAAUUCUAUCAAUUGGUGAGGGGUGUAGCAUCGCCAUCUAUAAGCGUGGAGUGAGCAGGUGGCUUCUCAGUAUUGGCCCGGCGGCUGCAGAGGCUCUGUUGCGGUCUCCUUAUGUCUAGCUGUAUUGCUCCUAAUAGUCCGUCCUUGGUUUUGUUCAGUUUUUCUUCCCCUUCAACCACAGAUACUGUACUUUUUAUUUAUAUUUUGAUUGUAUGAUACCUUAAAUGCUGCAAGUUAAAUUAUUUUUUUUUAGUUGAGGUCAAACUAUUAUUUUUGCUUAUAAUUUUCAAUUUCUUAUUUUAUUAGUAAUUUUUUUAGUAACUAGAAGAUUUUAUAUUGUAUCUAGUGUCAAUAAAGUAUUAUUAUUAUUUUUCUUAUCGAUUGUCAGAAGACUCCUCCAUGCACACAGACUUAUCGUCCAAGCAUGUAGUUAUUUAUUUACUUUUUAUUUAUUUUUCAUAUUAAUGUUACAAUCUAAAGGUGCGUACAGAUAUACGCGCCGCGAACAUCAGCAAUUCACUUUUAAUCAGCUGACUAUAUCUGUAUUUUUACAGAAACGGUAAGAUACAGAUAAAAAAGCUUGGCAUCAGCUGAUUUAAAGUGAAUUGCUCAUGUUCGCGGCACGUAAAUCUGUACGCACCUUUAUAUAUUGCGUUUACUGUGCUUUUACAUAUUAUGUAAUGUAUAAAGUUUUUGAAUAAUUUGAAUUGAAAUGAAAAAAAGAAUACAGCUUCCCACAUGACUGUCUCCCACAAUAUUUCAUGCUACCAUCAAAUUAUUAGAUAUUGUGAUAAUAUGUAAUAUCACAGUUUUUUGAAUACAUUAUUUAAUAAUUUUGCAUUGUAUUAUUUAAAUGGUUAUUUGAAAUUUGGAAAUGAUAAUUAGGAAUGGAAAAAAUCCAUAAUUUUCACAUGGUGUGCUCUUGGGAUGUUAAUGUAAAUAGCUUGCUAUUCAAAUAAAUUUCAUUGAAUUUAGUCAUUAAUCAUAUGGAGAAUUUUUUUUAAAUCAGAGAUAUCAUACUCACUUGUUUUAUGUAAAUAAUAAUAAAUAAUGUAUGUAUAAUAUUGCUAAUA